AUGUCACCAACAGUGUCAUCUACUUUUGAAACAGAGAGGCAACCUGUGAGAUUUGCACAUACAGUUUCAGAGGCAGGUCGUCUUCUUCCUUCAGCCAGCCGCUGGAGCUCUAUUCAGCUUGACUACAAACUUGUUCCCAAGUCUUCCAUUGCCUAUGAUUCUAUCCCUUCCCAAUACCCAAAAUCUGUUGACUACAAUCUUGUUAUCACUGAUAGAAAACACUUUCAUCGUUUUGUUUUUGUGUUAGUAUCAAUAAUCUUUGCUAUCUUAGCAGCGGUUCUGCUGGUGCACUUUUUACAUCAGAAGCACAAGCAUCAAGAUUCUUCAAUCAAUCUCAAACUGGCAAUAAACCAGGCUCUAACAUUUUAUGAUGCCCAAAAAUCUGGGCAUUAUCCAAGGAAAAGUCCAGUGAAAUUUCGGGGAGACUCAGGAUUAGAGGAUGGGAGUUCAGCUAAUGCUAGUCUUACUGGUGGAUUUUAUGAUUCUGGCAACAACAUUAAGUUUACCUUCACAACAGCUUAUACUAUGACAUUGUUGAGUUGGAGUGCUAUAGAAUAUCAAAGUAAAUAUGCUGAUAUUGGUGAGCUUGACCAUGUCAGGGAUAUCAUUAGAUGGGGUAGUGACUACUUGCUCAAGGUGUUCAUUCCCCCAAAUUCAACAGUUGGAUCCCACCUUACACUGUAUUCACAGGUUGGAAGUACCAUUAGUAAUAACGAUGUGCACAAUGACAUAAGUUGUUGGCAACGACCUGAAAACAUGAGUUAUCCGAGACCAGUUUCAAUUUGUGAUAGCUCUGCUACAGAUUUAGGUGGUGAAGUUGUGGCAGCAUUAUCAGCAGCAUCGAUGGUGUUCAAAGAAGAGGAAGAUUACUCAGGGAAACUAGUCCAAGCAGCAGAAAGCCUAUAUGAGGCAGUGAUAAGUGAAGAUCCUACGAAGCAAGGGACUUACACCAUGGUUGAUGAGUGUGGAAAACAAGCAAUAAUGCUUUACAACUCAUCUGGUUACAAAGACGAGUUGGCCUGGGGAGCAACUUGGUUAUUUCUUGCUACUAACAAUGCUUAUUAUCUUGCAAAUGCAACUGAUAGUUUUAUAUCAGCCAAGAGUGUUGAAACAAAUUUUGACAAAGGGAUCUUUUAUUGGAAUAACAAGCUCGAAGCUGUCGCGGUUUUGCUAACGGGUAUUCGAUAUUUCCGUGAUCCUGGCUUCCCUCAUGAGGAUGUUUUGAAACUCUCAUCAAACUCAACCGAUUCACUCAUGUGUUCUUAUCUAUUCAACAAAUAUUUGAGCAGGACAGCUGGUGGAUUGAUAAUCAUGGAACCUGAUAAUGGGUCAUUACUCCAGUAUGCUGCAACAGCAUCUUUUCUUAGUAAAUUGUAUAGCGAUUACCUUGAUCAUCUCAAAAUACCUGGUGCAAGUUGCAACACUGAUGUAUUCUCGGUGGCAAUGCUUCGUGAUUUUGCUAGUUCUCAGGUUAACUACAUAUUAGGACAAAAUCCUAUGAAAAUGAGCUAUUUAGUGGGCUAUGGUGACAAGUUCUCACUCCAAGUUCAUCACAGAAGUGCAUCAAUCCCUUGGGGUAACCGGAGUUACAAUUGUGAUGAGGGUAAGGGAUGGCUAAACUCUAAAGACCCGAAUCCACAAGUUCUUUUGGGAGCCAUGGUGGGAGGGCCAGACACAGAUGAUAAGUUCACGGAUCUAAGGAGCAAUGGAAGGUUCACUGAGCCAAACAUAGCAAGCAAUGCUGGCUUAGUUGCAGCACUGAUUGCACUUCAAGAUCCUCCGUAUAAUUCACGUGACUUCAAAAACUUAUUGUGGGGAUGAACUUGAUCAAUAUAUUUCAACAUGUCCAUUCGAUUCCUUAUACCAUAUUGAAAGUCUUACGUUCCAUUGCUCUCACAGGAACAGGAUUAUGAGAAUAUGUAUGGGAAAAAGGAUGUCUAGAAAACUUCAUGCUGGCAACUACAAUUAAAGCAAAUGAAUUUCAUUUGAACAUCAAUCA